GGGGCGGGACCGACCUUUGUCAGAAUCUGGGCGACAAUGCAUGAUAACAUGAAGUAGUUCUUCUGCUUCUGGUUUUAUUUAUUUAUCGGUCUACUCUGUAGGAAUGUUCAAAUGUCUGAGGAUCAGGAAGCACAGGAUGAUGAGCUGUUGGCUCUAGCGAGUAUUUAUGAUGAAGAAGAGUUUCGCCGAGCCGAAUCAGGCCGGGAAGGAGAAAUCCAUCUGUGCCUCAAGCUGCCCCCCGACUUCAGGUUGCAGGUCAGAGGGGAGAAAUGCGUGGAGUACGACGUAUCGUUUCUGCCUCCUCUGCUCCUGAGUUUCGAGCUUCCUGUCGAUUAUCCUUCCUCAUCAGCGCCGGUGUUUACCCUCAGCUCCAAAUGGCUCUCCAGACUCCAGCUGACGUCUCUGUGUAAAUGUCUGGACAACCUGUGGCAGGAGAAUCAGGGAAGCGUGGUGCUCUUCACCUGGAUCCAGUUCCUCAAGGAGGAGGCUUUGGACUUCCUGGGUCUGCAGUCUCCUCUGGAUAUCCACAGUAUCAGCAGCAGCAAACAUUCUCCACUGGAACGCUGCAGAACCGACGGAGCCGCCAAGCGACUCGAAAAUGCAGGUAAGGAGAAGAAGAAGCCGUCAGAGCUGGACCCUCGCGCGGUUCUGGAGGCCGAGCCGCACGCCGACCUGCUGCGUCAGCUCCUGGACUUCGACGAAGCCCGGCGGCAGAAGGUUUUCGACAGUAAGGUCUUCUGCUGCGGGAUCUGCUUCUCCGAGAAGCUGGGCUCCAGCUGUGUGCUCUUUAAAGAGUGUCAGCACGUUUACUGCAAGGCCUGCGUCACGGAGUACUUCCAGAUCCAGAUCCGAGACGGCAAAGUCCAGUGCCUUACGUGCCCCGAGCCGAAGUGUACUUCUGUAGCCACGCCUUCCCAGGUGAAACUGCUGGUUGGGGAGGACGAGUUCGCGCGCUACGAUCGCUUGUUGCUGCAGUACAGCCUGGACCUGAUGGCGGACGUUGUGUACUGUCCUCGCGCUUCCUGUUGCAUGGCUGUGAUGCUGGAGCCCAACACCACCAUGGGCCUGUGUCCAUCCUGCCGCUACGCCUUCUGUACGUUGUGCAAGCGCGCCUAUCACGGCCUCUCGCACUGCCCACCCACCAUCAAGGAGCUUCAUGACCUGCAGGAGAUGUACCAGGGGAGCUCUGAGGAGGAGAAAAAGUUCUUGGAGCAGCGUUUUGGGAAGCAGGUGAUCCAGCGUGCUAUAGAGGAGUCCUUCAGCAGGGACUGGUUGGAAGAGAACUCUAAAAAUUGCCCUCGAUGUGGCACUCACAUUCAGAAGAUGGAAGGCUGCAACAAAAUGACCUGCUCCUUCUGUCACAAGAACUUCUGCUGGCUCUGCCUGGUUCCUCUGUCUAAAGUGAAUCCCUACAGCCACUUCACCAAUCCCAACAUACCCUGCUUCAACCAAUUGUUCCAGGGUGUAGAAGCAGAAGAUGAGUUGUGGAGUGAUGAAGACGAAUGAAAAUGAGUUGCGUCCCACCAUCUGGAGCUGCACGAAUGUACCAGUGCACUAAUACCUGCUACCUGCUCUGUGCAUCCCCUCACUUUACAGCCAUGUUUUAUUUAAUUUAUUUUUGCAGUCGUUUCAGAAUCUGAUGAGUGAUCAGCUCGGUGAAGGGGAUUCAGAAACGCUAACGAGCAAAAUGGAGCUUGUUAUUUGUUUGAAAAGAAGCCGUCGGAGGCCUUCCUGUAAUUUCACGAGCGCAAACCGUUCUUCACAAAAACAUUCUUCACACUUCUCUCUGUUGAUGUUCGUCGUGUUCCGAGUCGAGUAACAUGGAAGAACACUAAAGCAGUUUAUUCUGUUCAUGUUCUGUUUACACGGUAGAGACUUUGACUGUCACAGUGAAGACUAUUAUUACAAUAUUAGCAUAAAUGUGCUAUUAUGGAAGUAAUUGUUUUCUUAUUAAGUCUGUUCUUUUUUCUUUGGUAAAGAUUUAUUGAAAACAUGAAUACAUGUAUAUAGAUGUAAUCAUGUACACAGCUUGACACAAUAAACACACAUGAACCCUG